CUGAACGGCUGAUGCACGAAGGUUGGUUCACCAAGGAUGAUGUGUUCGACGGAUGUUUAUGAGCGCUUUAAUCCAGACAGAGACUUUGUUUUACAUGGGAACUCUCCUCCUUCCUUUUGUGAUCGACCAGGCAAUCUGACAAAUUCACAGAAUACCACUACAACACUAAAUCUGAACCAAACGUCUGGCUAUCGGCCUAAAAAUUACACGGAGGAGCUAGUCAGAAGUCAUGAUUCAGGCCUUUCCAGUCUAAAGAAGGGUGACACCAUCAUGUCAUUUGGAGGUCGACCCAAAUCUACGUCUGACAGUAGCUGGUAUACAAACCCGGUGCAUUUAUCUGAGGAAUAUGACCAGUAUCCACUGUUCCGCAGUAUGGGGGUACCAAUGAGACAUGUAGCACCAGUCAGUCGACCAGUUGGAUUUACGGGCAUUUCUCUGGCCUCAGAAAAACCCAAGCAAUACGCACUCCGGAGCACUGAGGAGAUGCAAGAUUAUGUACGAUCACAUCUGGGUAAAGAUGAAGUCCACCAUUUCCCUGUCACGAUGUCAGCCUCAAAACUGGUGGGUCCAGAGCCUCCUUUGGUUAAGCCAACAGCUAUAUUACAUCAGCACGGUAUUGCCCAGAAGCUGGCACCCAGAAGAUCACGAUCGCCUACCCGGUCCAGAUCUCCCAUGCGAUCAAAAUCAGCUACAAGAUCUCUAAGGAAAGACCAGAGCUUUGAUGCCACUAAAAACCUGGAAAAACUGUACCUUAUGACUUCUGAAGCACCAGCUAUUGGUUCUGCAGAUGUGUAUGUGACAUCCCCGUACCAGCAGGAGUUGUCUCGCCUGCGGAUGGAGCAGCUGCGUUUGGAGGAGGAACAGUUGCUAGAGAUGAAAAGACAAUCAGAGCUGGAGAGAAUACGAGGUCCUCGACCCAAAUGGUAUGAGAUGAAAACUCCUGAAUUUCACUACGAAGCCCACAAAAAUACAGAAAUGUUGAAGAGUAAGAACAGCUGGAAUGACUUGCUACGUUACAGAUCUGACCUAACUCAGGCAUCUAAGGAUUUCCAGAUGUCACUAGGAGAGGUUAUUUAAUGUCAUGGUGAUGCAAACAAUCAUUCAUCUGUGUACCUUGACAAACUAACAUCUGUGGUAAAUCAACAUCAACAAAAAUCUUUAAUAUGUAUGCAAGAAGUAUUAUUAUUCCGCAGAUCACGAGUAUUUAAUUGUGUUACCCAACUCGAAUGCAGUUAUAUGUAAUAAUUUAGCGAUCUUGUGAGAUGGACAAUGUUAGACAGCCCAAGGGUUUUGCUUUUGGAACAAUCAGUGGCCCCCUCCUGCUCUCUGUUUAGUAGAGUCUCUACUGUAGGAGAUAUUUUAACAAUUCAGCAUUUACUUCCUCAGUUAUUGUUUUGUCAUUUAUAGUCAGUAUAUAUUUAUACUUGUCAUUAACAUGGCUGUGCAGUACCGUCAUAAUUAUGUUUGUCAUUGGACUGAUUUAUGUACAUGUACAAAUACAUGUACAUAUACAUGUGUACAGUUUCUGGGGCAUCUUCAGAAACCUACCCAAUUACAUUCAAACAAUAAAGUGUUCUAUGGCUUUACCAUCGAAUGCUUUUAUUAUCAUGCAUGCCUAGCUAAACUGUUACAACGUGAAGGCAAGACUGUCCCUAGUAAAUUUCAAAUAGCAAGUUCAUCUUGCAUGUAACUUGUGCCUUUACUAAUGAUAACUCAUAUACCGUAGCAUGUACAUGGAUGUAUUUUGAUAUCUUGAAUUUCAAAAGUUAUCCAAGCUGUUUGCCUGCUCAGAUUCCUCGUCAGUGUCAUGAGCUGUGAGUUUGACCUUAUCAUUUUGAGGUGGAUGCCUAAAUGUUUUAUGCGUGUUAUGCAUUACAUUUGUGCCUUUUCCAUGGUUACUGUACAUGACCUAAAAUUUCACCCCAAAAGUGAACUUUUAGAUGCAAAUAAAUGUUGUCAAACAUCACCUUUGGUGCUAUAAGUUACAUUUAUCGAGUAUAAGAUAUUAUCCUAAUAUCCAAAUUAAAUUGAAAUGCCUUUUUAAGAUCAACAGAACUUUCAGAAUCAGGUAAAAUACAGAAGUUUGUCAUGGGGAAAAUUUCAGGUCCUAUACCGUACUUUGACCCACCACAAUGUGUAUAUGAAAGCAUCGCUACUGAAUGCCUUACCUACUUGUACAACAGUAUAAGCUUAAGCUUAAUUAUCCUUCCACAUCUAAACUAUCAAUGCUUUAUUUUUAAUGACUUUAAAAUUGUCAACCUACAAACCUACAAUACCCCUUCAAACCAGGUUUGUCUUAGUAUGUGUACUAUUGGUGUGAAACACCGUUGUUAGAAUAAUGCUGUUGCUGAGAAACUCCUUUAUGACACUAGUGUAUUACAACUGUGAAACCCCCUUUGUUUCACUAUGUGUACAUCUCUGUGAAACAAACAUUUAUAAAGCAUGUGUAUCAUCACUGUGAUAAUGACUUCAUAUUACCCAAAACUGUCAAUACCAAAAUUAAGUAACUUCCCCUGGUGUGCCUUCAUUGCCCAUUGUUACCCCUAAUGCCAUAAUAUCCCCAGUGCCUUUGAAAAACCUUCCAAAAUUUUGACUUUAGAUCUCCAUAGCGCAUGUUAUAUUUCGAUGUGUUUAAAUAUCCCUUUUUAUCCCUAUAAUGAUUUGAACAUAAAGUUUUUUAGUCUGUGAGCGUAUAAUCUCAAACACUGUCAUAUACAUGUAUUGGAGCAGUUGCCAAUGGAUAGGCCAGUAGACAGUCUACAUCUUAAACCUGAACCCUUGUAUUGUUCACUAGAGGGCUUCUCUGAAAUUACUAACUAAAUACUAAAAUUAAGGCAUGCUGAUUAAGCCAAUCAAAUCACGCUCAUUUUUACAGAAUGCUGUGUCAGGUCGCUCCCUCUGAUCCAUGUGUACAAGUAUCUGUGUUUUGCCAAGUAGAGAAUAAACAGAAUGUAGGAACAUUGUCUUGUAAGUGUUUGUGGAUCUCUAUCCCCACUAAACAUUUAUUUUGUAUUUUACGAAAUAUAUUGCAAUAUAUUUUGUCACAAUGGUUUUCAGUUCAUUACAUCAAUUUACCUGACCAAAGCAUUAACUGUUAACAAUCUUCAUAUGUAAGUUAUUUAUACAUAUCUUAAAAACAAAACAAAAAAAGCAGUGGACAAACAGACAUGUUAAGCCAGAACAAAGUUUUGACAUAUUAUUUACAAAGUUAUUAUGAUGCUGAAUGCUAUCAACUUCCUUACAAUACGUAAGUCUAUUAUUCGUAACAAUCCAUAUAAAUAAAAUUGCGUAAGCUGAAUGGAUGUCUCAACACAAAAUCAACCACAAAUACAUGGCAAGCCAAUAUAUACACAUAUAAAUUCUCUAGGAAUAUUUUUUUUUGUGUAAGGAGUCAAUUACCCAGAAUCAAGUGUGCACUACAAUGCGAGAGCAAGGUAACAAACUGAACCUGAUAAGCUGCCAUAACCCAAAAAAUCAACUACAUGAUGCAAGUAGAAUUCCUUAAUAUCUGUGUAUCGGAACAUUUGUAAAAAAGGCGGAAGCUUCCACACAUAAUUGCUUCAUUCUCAAACACCGCCUCUAUACAGCAUCAUUCAGAUUCAAACAACGUUCUUAAUAUAAAUUAGACGUACACACUGUGUAAUGAACAUGUAUGCCCAUGUGCAUAGUAAGACAUAACAAUGGUACUGUCAUUUGUGUUAUUUACAAAAUACAAGUAUACCUAUUUAUGUAAAGUACAUAAUAAUUUUAAUGCCAAAAAA